CUCUCGAGACCUAGCUGCAUGGGGACUGGGGGCCGCAGUCUGUCUGAGUGACAAAGACGCCUACAGAGAGAAGGUGCAGGGGAGAAGCUGAGGGCGUGUGUGCAAGAUAAUGUGACUAUGGGCUAUCAGGCCUUACCAAGCAUUUGGAAUGAGGUUGUGUGUGUGGGUCAUGAGGCGAAUCCGAAGUUGCUCGAAAGGUAUCGCGUCAGCAUCGGUGAAGUAAAGACCAUAUAGGUCGGUCUUCAU